CCCAAAAUAUACUUGCGGAAACCUUGCUGGCAGACUGCUGUGUUUUUGGAUGCCUCGGACCACUAUCACCGGGAAAAAACCAUAGAGUUCACUGCUGAUUGGCCACAAGAGUGUAAUGAUAUGUCCCUAUUUUCCCAAAUGGAAGUGGUGUUUUAUUAAAAAAUUGAAUUAAUAUGCAUACAUUGUUAACAUGAGCGUAAGAGCGCAUGGCACACAUUUAUUAUACUAUACAAAAAAAUAAUACAAAACAUACAUAUAGGGAAUAAAAUGAAAAAUGAAAAAUGAAAAACGAAAGCAAGUAUAUGCUGUUGCAGCCAUACUCAAUGACAAGGGUAAGAUAAAUGGCUGCAGAUAUGCGUGCUAUAUAUACGUGCUAUAUGCGAAAUGAAGUAAGUAAUAUCAGCUGAAAUGAGCGACGUUUUCAACUCGCAGCAGUACUCAAAGAACAACGCACAGCAGCUGAGCACAUAGCAUAAGCACUGUGAAAUUAAAAUACAAAAAUUGAAAAUAGUGCAAAUGCUUCCUUUUAAAAACUUUUUACUUUUGCUUAAUGUGGCCUUCAUUUGCUACCCGGCAUUUGUGAAAUUGCAUGUCGAAGUAAUGGGAGACAUUUUGCAAACGGAUCUUGUGCGUUUGGAGACUGUGCAUGAUGUGCUCAAAAAUUCGACAACAAAUAGUGAAAUCAACGCAGGCGCUGCAGCUGCUGAAUUAGAUAUCUUAAUGCCGCCAAUUGAAUUGAAUGCGAGUUUUGCUGGUUUUGCCGAUAUUACCUUGGCGCCAUUGGAGGAAACUGAGCGGCGCCAGGAGUCUGCUCAUCCAACAGCAAAUUGGUGGCAGGCUUACGAUGCAUUUCUGUUGGCACUCGGCAUGACUAUCAUGCUGCUGUUGCUGGUUCUCUUCACGUAUUGUGUCUGGCGGCGUCGUUUAGAGCGGCGCAAUCUGGGGUGGGAAGCUGAAAGUGCAAGCAUUUUCCACAGCACGCCUUACUACACCGAUCGAGGUCACAUAUUGGUCUACUAAAUUUUGUUGCACUUUGAAAAUCAGCUAUAUACAAUGUGUUGCGCAUAGACUAAUUGCUCGAGGCAUCAGUAUGUAGCACCGCUUUAAUUAGAGAUAUACAUAAUAACUGUAAAUAUAAUAAAUUUUAAUAUUUUUUAGAUGCAACAUGGAUUCCAUAUAAUAUAAUUGUAGUAAUAAGCUCAUUCACAGUAUUUUUUUUUUAUUUUAUCGAAGUGGAAAUGCAACGCUGGCUGGCAAAUAUUGCAAUAUUUUCUUCAACUUAUUUUCUUGUACUAAGACUUUUGCUAACGGCCGCAGGCUGUCGCUGAGAUUAUACAAAUUUCUCCUCUCCGUACGAGUUCCCAACUGACUUCA